AUGAGGUCGACUCUCUCUAAUAGCGUGCUCUUCUUCCUCUACGGCCUUGCAGCAGCCGUCCCCUCGCCUGCUUCCAACACUGGCGUCUCAAGGAGACAAGACAGCGCGCAACCUAGCCAGUCAAGCCCCGCGGACUCCAACCAGGGCGCCAAGUCUUGCAAUACCCCCGAUAACAGACAGUGCUGGGUCGAGGGAUUUGAUAUCAAUACUGCUUAUGAGGAGACUAUCCCGGACACUGGGGUGACCAGAGAGUAUGAUUUGGUUCUCACCGAGCACACAACUUUCACAGGCCAAGAUGGCAUGGCUAAGAACACUGCGAUGUUGAUCAAUGGUGGCUUCCCUGGCCCCAACAUCCAGGCAAAUUGGGGUGAUAAUAUCAAGGUCAGAGUCGUGAACAACUUGAGGACGAACGGCACCUCAAUGCAUUGGCACGGCGUGAGACAAUUGAACAACAACGUGAACGAUGGCGUUAACGGUAUCACCGAGUGCCCCAUCCCACCAGGAGCCAGCAAGACGUACGAGUGGCGUGCCGAGCAGUAUGGCUCUUCAUGGUACCACUCGCAUUUCUCCGACCAGUACGCGAACGGUAUUGCAGGUACCAUUCAGAUCGACGGCCCUACCUCCAAGAACUACGAUGAGGACCUCGGUACCUACUCCAUUACGGAUUGGUACUACAAGUCCGCCGACGAGAUCCGUUCCACCUUCACUGCCCCUGCCGCCGUCCCCGCCAGCGAUAACAUCCUCUUCAACGGCACCAACAUCAACAAGAACGGCGGUGGCAAUUACUCGCGUGUGACGCUGCAGAAGGGCAAGUCCCACAAGAUCCGCCUCGUCAACAUGUCCGUCGACAACACCUUUACUGUGUCCCUUGUCGGCCACAAGAUGACCGUGACGGGAACCGACUUUGUGCCCGUUAAACCCUUUGACACGGAUUCACUCUACCUGACCGUCGGUCAGCGCUACGACGUGAUCAUCGACGCUGACCAGGACGCCACCAAAGCGUAUUGGUUCAACGUCUCGUUCCCGUCCAACAGACUUUGCGGGACGUCCAACAUGAAUAAGCCCGCGGCAAUCUUCCAGUACGAGGGUGCGGCAAGUGGUCUCAUGCCCAAGGAUGCCGGCAAGGCGCCCACCGAUGCCCAGUGUCAAGAUAAGACGGAUUACGAGCCCAUCUACAGCGUCGACGUCAACUCCACAUCCUUCUCCAAGACUCAGGACGAUACUCUUGACAUCACUGUGGAUACUAGCAGGACGACUGGUACACAACAAGUUUUCUGGAAGGUCAACGGCCAGAACAUGGACAUCGACUGGGACCAGCCGACGCUGUCGUACCUCGCCAAGAACAGUAGCGACUACCCCGACCAGUACAACGUCUUUGAGAUCCCCAGCGACAACACUUGGGCGUUCUGGGUCGUUGAGAACUUGUUCCCCGCCCCUCACCCUAUGCAUCUGCACGGCCACGAUUUCUACAUUCUGGGCCACUCCGAGCCGGCCUCCAGCGGUCGCGGCGACGGUGUCCGCUUCAACGCGCAGACCGACACCUCCAAGCUCAAUUUCAAGAACCCGACUAGACGCGACGUCACCACUCUGCCCGGCAGAGGCUGGCUCGUGGUCGCCUUCAAGACGGAUAAUCCCGGCGCGUGGCUCUUCCAUUGCCACAUUGCGUGGCACGUCAGCCAGGGUCUGAGUGUCCAGUUCCUCGAGCAAACCGAAAAUAUCCUCAGCACUGUCAAGACUAAGGAUAUGGACGACAUGUGUGACCAGUGGAACACGUACUCGAAGAAGGCUCCUUAUGCCCAGAGCGAUUCUGGUCUUCGUAAGUUGAAGAUGUAA